CUGCCGCUCGCCGGAGCGGAAGUUGUAAGCCAUUGGCGUAUUCUGACUGUGUAGCUUUUUAGCCAGGUUUCUAACGGAUUUUCUGUCCAAAGACGCUUUUUCGCCUUGUAAAAUGAAACACAACGGGAACGUUCCAGCUUUUCUAACCAAGCUGUGGACACUGGUCGAGGAUGGCGAAACCAAUGAGUUUAUUUGUUGGAGUCAGGAGGGCAACAGCUUCCUGGUGCUGGAUGAACAGCGUUUUGCGAAGGAGAUCCUCCCAAAGUUCUUCAAGCACAACAACAUGGCCAGUUUCAUCAGGCAGCUCAAUAUGUAUGGAUUCCGUAAGGUGAUGCACAUUGAUACAGGCAUUGUAAAACAGGAGCGAGAUGGUCCAGUGGAGUUUCAGCACCCCUACUUCAAACAAGGACAGGAUGACCUGCUCGAGAACAUCAAGAGAAAGGUUUCUAAUGCUCGUCCAGAGGAGAGUAAGAUUCGACAGGAAGACCUGUCCAAGAUCUUGGCAAGUGUUCAGAGUGUUCAUAGCAAGCAGGAGAACAUUGAUGCCAGGCUAGCAACACUUAAGAGGGAGAAUGAAUCACUGUGGAGGGAGAUCUCAGACCUGAGGCAGAAACAUGCACACCAACAGCAGCUCAUCAAAAAGCUGGUUCAUUUUAUUGUCACACUGGUGCAGAACAACCACAUCCUGAAUUUAAAGCGCAAAAGACCAAUUCUUAUGAAUGGCAACGCGAAGAAGCCCAAGUACAUCCAUCAGAUCUAUGACGACAAAGUUUGUGUUGAACAGUCAUCUGUCAACAGUCUGAGUGGUGUGAAGAACUCGGACAUAUCAGAUGAUGUUAUCAUAUGUGACUUGUCUGAGAAUGACCCCGAGAUGACGGCUGAGUUCACAGACGGCUCGCCCAAAGCCCACGAGCAAGGGGAUGUGGAGAUUGUAGAAGUAGAGCUGGACGACAGUGUGGUGCCGGCUGAAGUGAACACCAGCGUGUGCACCGACGAUCCCAAAGAGCCAGAGGAUGGUGUGACAGGUGCAUCGGGGGCCAGCCAGCGAAGCAGCGUCGCAACCAGCAGUGCCCUGCAGCUCAAUAAGCCCUCCGGCCUCAGUCUGGAGGACCCGGUCAAGAUGAUGGACUCCAUACUGAGUGAGAACGGCGCCAUAUCACAGAACAUCAACCUGCUGGGAAAGAUGGAGCUGAUGGACUAUCUGGACAGCAUCGACUGCAGUCUGGAGGAUUUCCAAGCCAUGCUGUAUGGGAAACAGUUUGGCAUUGAUUUUGAUGCUCUGGAGGAGAGCAUUACCUCUAAAGAGAACAUGCUACAGCUAAAUAAAGGAAAAUCUGAGGAAGACAACACAGAUAAGCAGUUGAUCCAGUACACCACUUGCCCCAUGUUGGCGUUUCUCGAUGGCUGCACCCCUCCAUCAGAGUUUGACCUGGGAGCCAGUGGCUCCUCCAGCCCCCCCCUCCAGCCAUCCCUCAAUGCCAGCAGUUCGGUGGAGGUUGACCUGCCUUCAGAGCUACUGGACACCAGCCUGGAGGUGCGGCAGCCAUCACGCAGCUCUCUUAUCCGUCUGGAGCCUCUGACAGAAGCUGAGGCCAGCGAGGAGACACUCUUCUACCUGUGUGAACUGAGUCCUGCUGGACAGGAGGCCAACAUCAACCUGGACAGAGUGUGAUUGGGAACGAAGUGCCACUCCUGUUGGUCCUGUUGUAGCAGCUACAACCCUCUUAACUAAAUCCUGCAUGGGUCUGUGGUUCCUCUGACAGGGCUAAGCUACACAAACCAGUGUUUAUCAAAUCCUGACAUGUUUUAAAGCUUUACACCAGUUUGAUACAGUUUAUGUGUAAACGGGCAUCCUCAAAGCAGAACACACACACACACACACACACACACACACACAGUAUUGUGUGUAUAUGUGUGUAUAUAAUAUAUCUGAAUGAGUCUGAUAAAAGUAAACAUCUAUCCUCACGAUCAUCUAGUUGGCCUUAGAAUUGAUCAGUCUUCUAAUUUAGUUUAAAAGUAUAAAAACAUGUACAGGAGCCCAACUAACAAAACUAGAGUACAUAAACAUGUCUGAAAACCAACCUUUUUUUAUUUAGGUGCUCAUAUACUAGUAGUUCAGUGUAAAAUGAACUGAGAAACACAGCAUCAGUAAGCACAGCAUCAUGGAUCAUCAGCUGAAGCCAGAGAACUCUUCUGCUUUCCAUCACAUGCUCAAACCAUUUUAGCACUUUGAGCUGUAUCAAACGUCUGAACCGUGUGUUGUAAUAUAUUUAUUCUGUUUUUAGUUGGUAUUUGUUACACGUCCUGAAGCUGAGGCUGUCUGUGCAGCAACAUUCCUUCAUUCGUUGAGCGUCCCAGUUCUGGAGAACUGGGAUGUUCUCACCACGUUGUGUCUGAGAGUCACACACUUAAAGAACUUGAGUCGUUGGUUCUUACCUUUUAAUAGAAGUUUGUGUUUGAUACACAUUGUCAAUAUACUAUAGUAACAAAAUGUAUUGUCCCAGUUGCCUGGAAUAAAGACAAAUGUGAAUAAUG